AUGGACGGAAGAGUGGUUUUUCAUGAAUGGCCGCGUCCACCCUACGCCCUUGCGUGGGAGAUUGAGCAGCGCGACGGCCUGAGUCCGACACGGGCGGCACCCUUCUCUAUACGAUGCCCGCCCUUGUCGUCCGCGACCAAGGCUACCAGCCCGUUCUUCCUAGGCUCUUGGCCCUAUGGACGACUUCCCUGCGUCCCGCCUAUUGUUUCCUUUACCGGCCUUAUCGUCGGCACCGGCCACUCCUUGCUCCGGCGGGACCUCCUGCCGGGGCUUCCACCCUUCCAGGUCUUCGUCAUCUUCCCUAUUCGCGCUAACCCCUGGGCCAUCUUGUGUAAGAAGAUGGCCGAGAGGCGGGACUCUCAAUUCCAACCCAACGUCCCCUUUACUUGCACAGCCAAGGUCGCCGGCCUGCUCCGUCAUGACGUUAUGCUCUAUCCCCCAGGCUCCGACCGGGACAACGUCUUUAUUGUCGUCCCGGAUUCUUGGACAUUUCUCGACAAGGCCGCCGCCGCCGUCACCCCAAUGACACCUCUCUACACCACAGAGGCAGCAGGCGUCCUCCCUUCCGCGGCCUUUCAGGACAUGCGCGCUGCCUCUUUGUCUUUGGCCACCCUGGCACCCUCCCGCUCAGCCCUCCACCUUUGGCUUCGGCUUCGCCCUCGACCGGCCCCCCGGGGCGAUGUUGCCCUGAGCCUGCCGAUACGCCGACGAAACGACCGCGGCUGCUGCAUAAGGCCCCGGUGCCUUCGUCUUCCCUAA